GGCCACGCCUGGGGCUGCGAGCGGGGCACCGGGACCCGCACCGGGACCGGGACCGCCGAGCCGCGCUGGGCUGAGAGCGGGGCACCGGCACCGGGGCUCGCACAGGGAUCGGGACCGGCGCUCCCGGGCCACGCUUGGGGCCGCUGCGAGCCGGACACCGGCAGCGGGACCGGGAGCUGGACUUGCGAGCCGCGCGUGGGCUGCGAGCCCGAAACCGGCACCGGGAGCCGCUGAGCCGGGACAGCCAGCUCCUCCCCACGCCGUGCCACCCCGAGCAGGUGUCCCCAUGGAGUGACCCGGGGCUCCCGGCAGCUGUGCCAGCGCGGGGCGACGCUGGCUGCCACCACCAUGAGUGACUUCUGGCACAAGCUGGGCUGCUGCGUCGUGGAGAAGCCGCAGCCCAAGAAGAGGAGGAGAAGGAUCGACCGCUCCAUGAUCGGGGAGCCCAUGAACUUCGUGCACCUGACGCACAUCGGCUCCGGGGACAUGGCUGCGGGAGAGGGGCUGCCCAUGACCGGUGCUGUCCAGGAGAUGAGGUCCAAGGGCGGCCGGGAGCGACAGUGGAGCAACUCCCGUGUGUUGUAGCGUAUUCCUGGCUUUUUCAGCCCAAACUUGAACUGCCUGACCCCCCCGCUGGAGGAGAAGCCGACCUGGAGUGCUUUAGCCCCGCGGUAUUUAUGCAGCACCGUCCUCGCCCAGCUCCCGGUGACUUUGGGUCGUCAUCCCUCUGGAAAACCCCUCCUUCCCGGAGGUCCUGGCUGGUGACAUGGGGAGGGAGCAGGGACAGCAGCCCCCAUCUCCUGCCCCGCCUGGAAAGGACACAGCCACCCCCUGAAGCGUGCCAGGAGCUGCCAGGCGCAGCCCACGCGUCCCAAAUCCUCCCAGUUUUCUCUUUUCUUGCUCCCGUGUCUCCCGUGGGCUGCGUGGUGGUGCCUCAGUUUCCCCAGGGAGCCAGCCAUGGUGCAGAGGCAGCUUUGAUGCCUCCCAGAACACCACAGAGGAGCAAAACCAGGAUUAAGCCCUGAUAUUCUGGUGCCAAACCAGAGUUAAACCCAAGAUGUCCUGGUGCCAAACCAGGAUUCGAUGUCAAACUGGGCUUAAACCCCAAAUCCUUGGAGCAGAACCGGGAUUAACCCCCGAUGCUUCGGUGCCAAACCAGGAUCUGACCCCACAGUGCCUCCAGCCGGCAUUCCACCGCCGCCAAACUCCCACCUCCCCCCUUUUUUUAGGAUCUGUUCUUAUUUUUAAGCUCCAAAACCCACCUGAGCGGCCUCCACCACCUCGGGCAGGACCGUGGUGGGGUCCCCUCCACCCGGGAUUGUCCCCAGCCCUGGCUGAGGCUGGACAAGGCCUGGCCUGAGAAGGGCUCUGGAAUUCAGGCGCGGGUGUACAUAGUUUAAUUAGCGCCAGGAUUAAAUAUUAAAUAGCACGUGCUGGGUGACAGAGCCUUUCCCCUGCCCUGUGCCCUGGUGGGAGCCGGGCUUUUCCAGCCCCUGUGUCGUGCUCGGGUCAGGGUUUUUGGGAAAAAAACAUUCCACCCUUGAAAUAAAUGCCUUGUGCUGGCCCCAGGGGUGGGUGCACGAGCUGCCCCAGGCUCCUCGCUCCCUCCUCGGCUCCUGGAGCAGCCAAAUCCACUGGGAAAAGCUGAUAUUCACAGCAGGCAGAGGCCUCGACUUUUUAUGGCACAACCAGUUUCCUCCUGGCUGGGCUGGACUCGGGAGUGUGGCUGCACUGACACCCCCUCCUUGGACACCCCAGAAUGUUCCUGUGACCCACUGUAGAGGGGAUUGCACCCCAGGGAAAGAGGGGGUGCACCCCCAGCUCGAGUGGGGCAGCACCCCGUCCCAGAAUAAAAGCCAAGAGCCAAAA